UAUCGAAAAUAUUUUACGAUCAACAUCUUUCUAACAUACCUAUAGAAAAAGAUAACACUAAGUUAAAGUCGUACACAGGUGACGCAAUAGUACCAUUAGGCCGGGUCUCAGUGCGAGUCAGCUGUGCGGGAGCAGCGCAUGCUAUAUUGACAUUGUUUAUUAUUGAGAACGGCGGGCCUCCGCUUAUCGGACGCACCUGGAUGCGCGAACUUAAAUUAAAAUCAUUAAACCUAUUUAACCUCAAAGAAGAUGUAGAUCCUGUUGUUUUGGAAUUGAAACAAGAAUUUCCAGAAGUAUUUUCUGACAAAAUAGGUACAUAUAAACAUAAGUUGACAUUGUACUUGACUGACAGCACUCCGAUAUUUUGCAAGUCACGUGCCCUCCCGCUUGCGCUGCGCGUACCAGUGGAAAAUGAACUUAAACGCUUACAAGACGAAGGUAUAAUUUACAGAGUGGACAGAUCCGAUUAUGGAACACCUAUUGUGCCAAUUAUUAAGCCGGACGGUUCUAUUCGUUUAUGUGGUGAUUAUAAAGUGACUGUAAAUAAAUUAUUAAAAGAUGUUCAUUUUCCACUGCCGAAAAUUGAAGAAAUGUUUGCAACGCUAAGUGGCGGGGAGCAAUAUAGUAAAUUAGACUUAAAGAAUGCUUUCAUGCAACUAGAAUUAUCCGAGAGCUCACAACCGCUAACAGCGAUUACUACACAUGUAGGGACAUUUGUAUAUCGCAGGGCUCCUUUUGGACUAAAAUGCUUACCCGAAAACUUUCAAAAAAUUGUUACCGAAACAUUAAGUGGACUUGAAUUCGUGGUAGCUUUUAUUGACGAUAUUUGUGUGAGUGGCAGGAACAAAUCUCAUCAUUUGGAAAAUUUAAAGAAAGUACUGUCUAGAUUAAGAGAUGCCGGAUUAACAAUAAAGUUUUCUAAAUGUGAAUUUUUAAAAGAUGAGGUUUGUUAUUUAGGAUACCGAAUCAACAAACACGGUCUUUAUACAGAUACAUCAAAAGUAAAAGCUAUAUCUAAAAUGCCCAUCCCCGAAAAUGUGUCUCAGUUAAGAGCUUUAUUGGGGUUUAUCAAUUAUUAUGCUCGUUUUAUUCCCAACCUCAGUACAAUUCUGCAUCCACUUCACUCUCUUUUAAAAAAGGGAGUGACAUGGGUGUGGUCGGAGAGCUGUAACGCCGCAUUUGAGGAAAUCAAGGUAAGAUUGACGAGCGACCCAGUGUUGGCGCAUUACUCGCCAGCGCUCCCGCUGGUGUUGGCGGUGGACAGCAGCGCGUACGGCCUGGGCGCCGUGCUGGCGCAGCUAUACCCCGACGGCAGCGAGCGCCUUGUGUGCUGUGCCUCGCGCACGCUCAAUGACGCUGAGCGGCGGUACAGCCAGGUGGACAAGGAGGCGCUGGCCAUUGUGUAUGGAGUCACGAGACACCAUCAGUAUCUUUUUGGUAGGCAUUUUACUCUUAAGAGUGAUCACAAAGCUCUUAGUUAUAUAUUCGGACCUAAGAAGGGUAUUCCACAAACAGCAGCCAGCCGCUUGCAGAGAUACGCGGUACGGCUCGCAGCUUACGAUUUUAACAUUGUAUUCGUCAGCUCUGAAAAGAAUAGCAAUGCUGAUGGGUUAUCACGAUUACCUUUAGCAAAAACGAAGGCAGAGGAUCAAGACGACGCGGCAUAUUUACAUUUUGUUGAGGACAAUUUCCCUCUUAGUCACAAAGAUGUAGCACAAGCGACAAAGGAAGACAAAAUUUUAUGUAAAGUGUACGGUUAUAUAAUGAGUGGAGGAUGGCCUCUUAUAGGUGAUUCUGAAGAUGAGAAAGCAUAUUUUCAUCGACGUGAAAAUCUACACAUAGAUCACGGGUGCAUAGUUUGGGGAUACAGGAUUGUGGUGCCUGAGCGGCUGCGUGCGCAGAUACUGGAGGAGGUGCACGCGGGGCACGUGGGCGUCGUGCGCAUGAAGAGCAUCGCGCGCAACUACGUGUGGUGGCCGCGCCUCGACAGCGACAUCGAGGCGCGCGCCGCCGCUUGCGCCGCGUGCCGGGCGCAGUUGGACGCGCCACCGAGACACACUCCUGUACCGUAUGUAUGGCCAUCAGAACCUUGGACGAGACUUCAUGUAGAUUUCCUACAGUACCAAGGUAAAUAUUACUUUUUAAUACUGGACUCGCACUCUAAGUGGAUCGAAGUAUUUCUGAUGGGGACCGGUACAUCGGCCAAGUUAGUAACAAACAAACUAAGAGAAUGCUUCUCUCGAUUUGGACUGCCAAAGUGUUUGGUGAGUGAUGGGGGACCACCAUUUCGAUCGGAGGAAUUUGAGUUAUUUUUAACCCGUAACGGGAUUAAACACAUUCUCAUAGCUCCGUAUCAUCCAUCGAGCAACGGCGCUGCCGAGAACGCCGUGAAGACAGUCAAGAAAGUUAUAAAAAAAGCUGCUUCUGAAGGUCAGAAUAUCGAGCGAGCAAUAAACAAUUUUCUUUUAAUAUAUAGAAAUAGUACACAUUCAAGCACACAGCGUGAACCAUCUGUGGCACUGCUAGGACGGAGGUUGCGCAUGCGCUUGGACUUGCUGCGUGCUAGUACUGCAGAUACGGUCGAGGCGGCGCAGGCCAAGCAAGUAGAACAUGCACGAGGUAUGUAUAGAGAGGUACAACCUGGUGAACGAGUGUUGUUUCGAGAUUACUCGCGAAACAAUCCCAAGUGGAUGGAAGGACAAAUCGCUGAGCGCACCGGAGCUGUGACAUAUAGGGUAAAAUCGGACCAGGGGGAAUAUAGAAAACAUAUAGAUCAAAUCGUGCCAUUACGUAAACACACACGUUCCUCAAAUCCUAUGAUCACAGAUAUCGAUACUGAAACAGUGAAUACUGACAAUGACACUUGGGAAUCUGCACCUAAUUCACCGGUGACGUUAUCACCCAAGACCUCAGAGGAGCCGCCCGUCAUACAUGAGUCCAUUUCUGGGGAUUGGGUUAACAAUAAACCUAGAAAUAGGAAUCACAAAAAUAUUAUCGAUAAUCAUGUGCAGUGAGACCGUGUUUGUAGUUAUUAAGAUACCUAUAUUGUUUAAGAAUAAGAAUUAUAGUAAUGUUACUAUAGUUUUGUAAUUUUAAUAAGUAAAUAUAUAUUCUAGUGAUGUGAUACCCUGUCAACUAAGAUUACAUAGUUACCAGUUGAGUAGAAUGUAAGUGUAGGAUUCUUCUUAUUGUUGUAGUAAGUAGUAUUGGUAGCAACUGGCAUUGUUAACUGUUAUACUUAAUUACUUUUUGUCAUAUUUCUCGUGAGGGAGGAAAUGUAAUAUAUUAUAGUGAUGUGGGUACACAAAUAAUAAAUCAGUCUCGCUUAAA